UCCCCUUCCUCCUGCCCGCUGCACUGUGGAGAUUGUAGUCCCCGCGCUGCCCCGCGCUCGGGGCACGGCCACGUUUUCUGAGUCCCCCCCAUUCCCUCCGACAUCCUCCUCCUCUUCCUCCUCCUCCUCCUCCUCGCUGCGGAUCCGGCUCUCAGCAGGACCAUAGGGAGCCACGAGACCCCCUGCGCCGUGCCCGGGCCCGCCGCUUCCAUGCCCACUGCCCCCCAGGAACUGCAGCGACGUGGCUUUCGAUGCAUCGGAGCGCGCCUGCAAUGGGCUGCCCACAAAGCUCAUCUAGCUGAUGGUCCCCGGGAUAACACCGCUGUCCUGCUGCAGAGCUGGUGGAGCCAUGCCCAAGAAGGAUGAGGAUGCCAAAAAGCCGGCAUCGGAGGCUGCACCGGACCAGCAUUGGAAGCUACAAGUCUUCUACCUCUGCUUCUAUGGCUUCAUGACACAGAUACGGCCUGGGGAGAGCUUCAUCACCCCCUAUCUCUUGGGGCCUGAUAAGAACUUCACACAGGCAGAGGUGACCAACGUGAUCACACCGGUGCUGACCUAUUCCUACAUGGCUGUGCUGGUACCCACCUUCCUAUUGACGGACUACUUGCGCUACAAGCCGGUGCUGGUGCUGCAGAGCCUGAGCCACAUCUCCAUCUGGCUGCUGCUGGUGUUGGGUACCUCUGUCCUGGCCAUGCAGCUGAUGGAGUUCUUCUACGGCAUCACUAUGGCCGCCCGCAUCGCCUACUCCUCCUACAUCUUCUCCCUCGUCGCUCCAUCCCGCUACCAGCGUAUGGCCAGCUAUUCCCGCUCCGCUGUCCUCCUGGGUGUCUUCACCAGCUCGGUGCUGGGCCAGCUCUGCAUCAGCUUGGGCAAUGUCUCCUUCCUCAGCCUCAACUACGUCUCCUUGGUCUUCGUCAGCUUUGGCUUCAUCCUCACCCUCUUCCUCAAGCAGCCCCGCCGCAGCCUCUUCUUCAAUCGUCCUGAUAGGGCUGUGGAUGGGGCUGCACCCACUGAGAUGGACAAGAUGGCAGGGGGGGAUGGUGGCAGGGGGACAAAGGGAUGGAGGGACAUUGCACUGUGCCGGAUGCUGCGGGAGGUGGGAGCGCUGGCCAAGCAGCCCCAGCUUCGGCUCUGGUCCUUGUGGUGGGUCUUCAACUCGGCUGGUUACUACCUGAUGCUGUACUACGUGCAGAUCCUCUGGAAUGAGAUCUACCCGGCCACGGACAACCGCCGUGUGUACAAUGGAGGGGUGGAUGCUGCAUCCACGCUGCUGGGGGCUGUUGCCUCCUUCGCUGCUGGCUACUUGAAGAUCCGCUGGACACUGUGGUCAGAGCUGGUGAUCGGGAUGGUGACGGCUUUCCAGGCAGGAUUACUGCUGCUCAUGAACACCACCAGCAACAUAUGGCUGUGCUACACUGCCUACGUCCUCUUCCGCAGCUCCUACCAGUUCCUAGUGCCCAUUGCCAUUUUCCAGAUUGCUAUGUCCCUCUCCAAGGAGCUCUGCGCGCUCGUUUUCGGGGUCAACACCUUCUUCGCCACGGUGCUGAAGACCAUCAUCACCAUCAUUGUGGCUGACAAGAGGGGCUUGGGCUUGUCCGUGCAUCCCCAGUUCUAUGUGUAUUUUGGCUACUUCACGCUGCUGGCGGUGACCUACCUGCUGGCAGCUGUUGGUGUGGGCAUCCGGUACAGCCGCCGCAAGCAGCCAGGAGAGCUGGCGUUGGCCAACGAACCAUGCCAGGUCCCCGCAGAGGUGCCACCAGCACAGGAGCAGAGGCUGGAUGCUGGUGCUUUGCGAGCUUGAGCGCUGGCACCGCAGCCACCGUGGUUGGGUCUUGGCCGCGU